UAAAGGGUGAAGGAUCUUCUCCAUCACUCCGUCCUUGGCAUCUCAUUGGAGGAGACAGGCAACACGCGCACCGCGGUCCCCCCUCCCAGGCGCCCGAGCACCGUCAGUGCGUCUUUCUGCACGUCAGUAAUGUCACCGAUCUUCCCGCUGCUCAUUUUACUCUCGUUUUCGCAAAAUGCGGCUUUUUCCAAGAGAAGAGGCCCAAAGGUUACUGUUAAGGUCUUCUUUGACAUCACGGUGGGCGGACACGAGGUUGGCAGGAUUGUAAUAGGCCUCUUCGGAGACGUCGCCCCCAAGACUGCCAAUAAUUUUGUGGCUCUGGCCACAGGCGAGAAUGGGUACGGAUACAAGGGGAGCAGGUUCCACCGUGUAAUCAAGGACUUCAUGAUCCAAGGCGGGGAUUUUACAGCAGGAGAUGGAACCGGAGGUAAAAGUAGCUACGGUAAGACGUUCCCUGAUGAGAACUUCAAGCUGAAGCAUGUGGGUGCAGGCUGGGUCAGCAUGGCCAACUCGGGGCCUGACACCAACGGCUCGCAGUUCUUCAUAACCUCCGUCCGGGCACCAUGGCUGGACGGCAAGCACGUGGUCUUUGGGAAGGUCUUAGAAGGCAUGUCUGUAGUUCAUACCAUUGAGCUCCAGGACACCAACGACAGAAACCUGCCUUACACAGAAUGUGUGAUUGUGAACAGCGGCAAAAUAGAAGUCAAGGAGCCCUUCGUGGUGGAAGUGGAGGGUUGGGAGACUUGAGUAGCUGAUCAGCAUCCCACUCAGAUGCUUCCAUGAAAUCUGCUGUUUAUACCUCAAGCAUAUAGCAGUGCCAACACGCUCUCAAGCAAUAAUCAAGUUAAUGGAAAGUAUGUGAAAUAAAUGAUCUAAUGGAAAGUGUAAAUAUGUGUUUUAACAUUAUGUACCUGUAGGAUUCUAUGAAUUUAGCGUACUUCAUGAAACACGUAGCUUGGAAUUCGUUUUUCACUUGCAUUUGUUAUUCUUUAUCCAUGGCCUGUUCAGGAAAUGAAGACUCCAUUGAAAGGGUACUUCCUUUGUGGCAGCACUUAAUUAAACACGGGUAGAUACAAUGUUAUACAUAUCACCCAAAAAUGAGAGAAUUUCUCAAGGAGAGAGAGGUUUUCCUGGGCAUCCACAUUUACAGCUUUCACUGUUGCUUGCAAGCAAUCCUUUGCUUUAAUGUGAUACAUAUACUCAGUUUAGGACAAAAGUUUAAAAAUAAACCUAAUGAAGCCUGAAAUAUUUAUACAUAAAUGAUCUCAGAUGCAAUUGUCCCAGUCCAUGGAAGAAAUCAACUUGUUAAUCGAGUGAUGUACAAUAGAAAAAAACUUGGUAUUUGGUGUAAUGUUGGAUUUCUGCAGACAACUGUCCAUUGAUAGAUUUGAUAAAACGUUUUGCAUUUGUUGGACAACACAAUAUCCUUACUUACCUAUGCAAAUGUGUACUUAUGUCUGUAUAUCGUGACUAACAUCAAAGUUUGGUUUUACAAUGGUUUUGGAAAAUUCAUGUAGCUUUUACCAAGUUCACUCACAAAUUUAACGUUUUACUUUUGUGUCGUUAGGUGCAGCGUUUUAAUUUUAAUCGAUAGCUCCAACAAGGCUUUGCAGCUUAUGCUCCGCUUAUUCACCCUCUUAUAAUGGGCGCCAUGAAGCUGUUUGCUUCUGUGUGUGUUUGUGUGACUGCUAGCUGGAAGCCACCACUGUUUUAGUUCUGCUUAAGUUUGCAUUAUGAUGGCGAUGGAGGCAGAUCUCAGACAACUUCCGCCAGCUGCUCCUAAUGACAGUAAUUUGUCAGGCCGUUGCUGUGCCCUUCCCUGACCUGACCGGUGCUUUCCGAACAUACAGUUUAUCUCACAGAGACAGUACCAUAACUUUAAAACAAAGAUUAACAGCUGGCCGGGUAUAAAACUAAAGCCUCGACAUUUUCAGACUGCAAAAACAGCAAGCGGUUGUCAGAUUUGGUCUGCUUGAAUGGCCCAUAUUCUUAUUAUUGUCUGUUGUUGUCAACAUAAAAGAGUCAAGGACUGGUGAGAAGUUCCAAAUGUCACUCAUUUCCAGACUGAAAAUCUUGAAUAAAUGUUUUUGUAAAUAAAAUUCAGAGAAAAAUGCUAGGAAUGAGGUACUUGUUUUUUGCAGUGUCCAUUGUGUUUGUGUAAAUUGGGUUUUCCCCCUGAAUUUCCAUCUUCUUAAUAAUCUUCUGUUAUUUUUUGAACUCCAGAAGUUAAACAUUCAUAUCAGUAGCAAUUCAGGGAUAAAUUUGAAGGGCUGCUAGUUACACUGGAAGGGCUGGGAAUUACUCUGAAAGGUAUGUGUUACUCUGGGAGAUCUGGGAGUUACACUGGAAGGGUUGGGAAUUACUUUGAAAGGUGUGUGUUACUCUGGGAGUUACACUGGAAGGGCUGGGAAUUACUAUGAAAGGUGUGUGUUGCUUUUGGAGGUCUGGGAGUUACACUGGAUGGGCUGGGAAUUACUCUGAAAGAUGUUUGUCACUCUGGGAGGUCUGGGAGUUACACUUGAAGGGCUGGGAAUUACUCUGAAAAUUGUUUGUUACUCUGGGAGGUCUGGGAGUUACACUUGAAGGGCUGGGAAUUACUCUGAAAAUUGUUUGUUACUCAGGGUUGUCUCAGAGUUACUCUGGAAGGUGAGUGUUACACUUGGAGUGCUGGGAAUUACUCGGGAAGGUCUGGGAAUUUCUCUGGAAGGUGUGGGGGUUACUCUGGAAAGUGAGAUGUCUGGGAGCUACUCUGGAAGAUAUAUGCUACUCUGGGAGUUACUCUGGAAGGUGUGUCUAACUCUGGGAGGUCUGGGAAUUACAAAAGAAGGUGUAUAUUACUCUGGGAGGUCUCAUAGUUAAAUUGGAAUAUCUCAUGAGUACGACUGAUUGUCUUCACAUACUCCAGUCUUUGGGCAGGGAUAAUGUAAAGUAUUUUGAGACAAUGUAAUGUUGUGGAAAUACACUAUACAAAUAAAAUUGAACUAAACUGAA